AUGAAAAGUACUGCAAUGGUGUCGGAACGUAAUUUCUUACUCAGGAUAGAACCAAGAGAUAAGCUCACAUUUAUUGGUGAUAUUACGGGUGAAAUACAUGCUACUAUAAAAUUAACAAAUAAUAGUGAUUCACGACAAGCAUUCAAAGUAAAAUGUACAAGGAAUGAUUUAUUUCGCAUAAGGCCAGCAAUAGGAAUCCUCGAUUAUGGAGAAACCAUUUGUAUUGAUAUUACUUACAAAUACAUUAACAAUCAAAUACCGGAAUCUAACAGACAUCACUUUGGUGUCUAUCAUAUACCAGCACCAGAAGGAGCAACAUGUGCUGGCGCCUGGGCUGAACAUUAUGGGCCUCCACAAGGAGAAUUUCGAAUGAAACACGCAUUUUUCAUCCAACUGCGGCUGCUGCAGCAACGAUCACAGCAUUUAUUUUCGCUGUUAGCUGGCUGCUUCAGUCGUCAGGGCGGCGCGGUUGUUGAGGGCUGGGGUAUUGGUAUUGAUUGGUGGGAGGAAAUGAAUGAAGAGACUUUGAAAGAGGAGGACUGGCGUUACAAAUAUCGUUCAGCAUUCACCUAUGCUGCAUAUAAUGAUCUCGAUAAAAUGGGAUGCGAAGCUCCAAAACGUUGUCCAAUUCAGGUCGGCCCGCGAUACUGCCAAUAUUCCUAUUCCGUUAUUGAGACGGAAGCUGUAGAAGAAGCACCACUUGCUAUACAUACCGCUGCUGUGGAAAGUAUUUUCGUUGUAUUGGCAUUUCUGCUAUUUCUGAUGACGCUUCCUUUCUCCCUUAUUUUUUCCUUGAAGUUUGUGGGUGAUUUUGAACGUCUUGUUGUACUUCGGCUUGGUCGGGCACAAAAAAUACGUGGACCGGGUGCAACUGUAGUGCUGCCAUGUAUAGAUACAUACACAAAAGUGGAUCUUCGUGUGAAUGCAUUCAAUGUACCGCCUAUGCAAAUAAUAACUUUUGAUCGGGGUCUGGUGGAGCUUGGAGCUACUAUUUUCUCCCAAGUAAAAAUUAAUCGUUUGCUUAUCGUGAAAGAUGCAUUGGCAGCAGUUUGUGCAGUACAAGAACGAAAUCAAUCAACUCGUGUCUUAUCUGUUGCAACGCUGCGUCGUUUGGUUUGCAAACGACGAGUUAGUGAUGUUAUCUCGAGCUUAGGUCGCAGAGAGUUGUGCGAAAAUCUGCAGGUUCUUGAAGAUUUAAAAACAUGCUCAGUCAGUCAUGGUGUAAUAACAGUACGAUUGCACGAAAAUAAGUUUGUUUUCAAAGCCGAAGUUGAACUUGGUAUACUCACAACUGCGUGGGGUGUUGAAAUCACCAAAGUAGAAUUAUCGGAAGUGAAAGUAAUUAAGGAAGGUGAAAACAUGGCUUUAUCUACUUUCAAUAAGGUGUUAAAGUCGGAAGUAGGUUCUCAAAUCAUUGAAAAGAUAAAAGGCGCAGCACAGAAAUUUAUCGUGCAACAACAACAAAAACAACAGUCGGAUCAUCAACAGCAGAUCGAAAAGUAUACAAAAAAGGAUAUAACUAAUUUAUCUGGAGAAAAGCUAAGCGAAAAGAACAAAUUAAAAUGCGUUUUAAAUAAUUCCUUGAAAAAUCUGGAUAUCGACCGUUUGCUGUGUUCUCUGACAAUGGUUAUCGAUAAGCAGUUGGUUGUCUCUGUAGGACAUAUUUUCCAAGUGAACUGUACUGGAUUUGGUGAUUUUUAUGUGGAUUUGAAAAACGACUCUGGGAAUUGUUGCAAAGGUACCAAUCCGACAGCAGAUGUUACUUUUAGAUUGAGUCAUGAACUGCUGAUUAAAAUUUUAAAGAAAGAAGUAGCUCCGAUGCAAGCUUAUUUGGAUGGUUCCUUACAAAUAAUGGGCUCACUGAAAGCAGCCAUUAGACUAACCUUAUUAUCGGAUCGUUUUAGCUGUUUGCUAUAA